ACAGUAGAGUACACCAGGAGCAAUUAUAGUUUGAAUUCAAAAGUCAAAUCAUAGUGAACAUUAUUCUAUUCUCUAAUCAUUUUAGUUUGUUUUAUCACAUUUUUAUCAGUUUUGUUAUCAAAAAUUUAAAAUGAAGCCACGCCACAGUGUCAAGAUCUAAGGGUGAAGUUGAACCUAAUGAGACAACUUAAGUGUCAAAAACUGAAGAGUCAAGUGUUCAUUGUCUCUCUCCCAAGUACUUCAGUGGAACAAAUUAAACUGAAUCAACUAUAUGGGGUACCCAUACAAUGCAGAGACUUAAAAAUUAGUAAGGCAACAAGAGAAAAACCUCCGUUUCAUGGGAAGAAGCAAAAAGUGAGAUAUAGCCACAAAAAAGAUCUGUUGAAAAAAUUUCGGCAAUCAAUGCAGGCUUCCAGAUGCAGUGACUUGAAAGUGAGACCUGAUCACUCAAGAAACGACGGUUUCAUCUUGGAACACGACAAUUCCUGGCCGAUCUUCAUAGAGGAAGAGGGAGUCAUGUCCCUCAGGAGCUCUGCGUUUUAGCUGCUCAAAGAAAUGUUUGACAA